GUGAUUUUCUUCUUCUUUUUGCCAGGCACACCAGGCUGGAAUGGAAUCCCACCGUACCAAAGGGAACGACUCAAAGGCAAACUGUGCAACAUACCAACACUCUUCUCUUGGCUUCCUUCUUUGCGGUUCAUGGCUCACUGUUACUGGGUGUGCUCAGCUGCCCCCGUCAGUUCCAACAUGUACCCAGCAGAGCCCGUUGUUGGUUGGCACAGGGUUCAAAUAUGGAUGCUUGGCCGUUUUCUUAUCAGCUAGCGGCGUUCCCUCAUCUCAUCGAUGUUGCAUCCGCUCCCGCUCCCGCAUCCGUAAGACACACUCAUCUCUCCCUCUUUUCCCCUCUAUCACUGUCACUCUCUCAUCAAUAUGGAAAGCUCCCACCACUAUCUGGGCAUGUCUCCCCCAGUCUAUCCAACAGGGCUUGCACCAUACCCACAACCUGUGAUACCAGCGAAACGAGAGGAUGACGACGUCCAAUUCGUAUCUUCCAAUCCUGUCAAGAAGAGGAAGAUCGGUGGCUAUCAGCCGGUCACGCCACAUUCCACCACAGACUCACCGGCGGCGGGGACUCCCGCCCCCAUCAACAACCAGCCGUCCGAGCCCGCCAAGCCAAUCUCCCAGCCGGAACGACGGGGAAGCACGGGCAUGGUCGAUCACUCACCCACGGCCCGUUUGCCGGACGUUGACCCGAUGAGAGGAUGCUCCAUGCCGACUCCAGAGAAAGCCUGUCAUUCCGAAUCAUUCUGGACUGCACCGUAUACUGGACCACAGUGCUCACCACCGGUGUCUCCCAAAUCACUUCCCGAACAUAUUUCGCCUUCGAUGCUCGGGAUUGACAAGAAUGAUGGAUCUGCACCUGUUUGUACGAGCGGAACCAACGAAACGGUGGCUGAUAUUCCCGCGCUGAUCCCGCCAGUUAUGCCGUCAACCAUGACUUCACCGCAUGUGUAUCAAGCGCAACUAUCAGGAGAACAAGGAGACACCCACGGCUCCCUCAGUUCCCACAGCUCCCAUGCUAGCUGGCAUCACUGACCUGGGCAAGAUUAACUCUAUGCCCGCAUCAGAAGCAGACGGCACAGUUAUCUCGCAACAAACAGUUGAGUCUGGGCCAUCGCUGAACCACUCUAAUGCCGAUACGGAGUCGAAGAAUGCCCUUCGCGAUCUCUUGGAUCAGCAGGUACACCUUCAUAGUUCCAAGAUCAACGACCCCUCUUUCCCCUUCCAUACCCAUACUCAUCAAAACACACAUACAUCAAACCUGCUGAAUGCUGAUGUUCACAACACCGCCCAUGGCACGUCAGAUAUCCAGACCGGGGCUUGCGCUGAUCGCCCUGCGUCGGGAGCAAAGGCGCCAUGCCGUCAGUGUGUGGAGGCGAGGUUGAGGCAACAGGCUGCCAACAUGGCAGUCAACUCAGGCUUGCCAAACGGCACAAAUGCAUCUACCACCAGUCAGGCCCCCCUUCCGCCGUCGUCUAUGCAGCAACCUUGGACAAACCUCUUGGGACUCAAUCCGUAUCACAACGCGAUGGCCGGGGCCAUGUACAACCCGCUCUUGCAACAAUCCUUGAUGGCUGGACCAGCUGGUCACUUUGCAGUCCAUCCGCAACAGCCGCAUCUCGGUGCCGGGAUUCCUCCCCAACAGCCGGCGGGACAUGUGUUCCAUCUCGGACCUCCUUCGCCAGCCCCGCAAACACCGGCGUACGUCACGCAACAGCCGCCCGCCCAAGCAGCCAAACCACCAGCAGCAACCAUCUCGAAACCUCAGGCAACCAGAGUCCCCGACACGCAACCAACUACCAAACACAUCAUUGUCGACAUCGCAGACACAUGCCUCAACAUGUUUCCGUUUCAAGAGGUGGCGAAGCGACAUAACCAACCGGAACAGAAGAUACGGGACAUCUUCUCCGCCGUCAUCCAAGUCCCGCUACUCCGCUGUCCCACGGACAAGAGACGGGCCGGCAAGCUGGGCACGGCUAGGGUCAAGGAGUUCACGCAGGCGAAGAAGGAGGUGCAGGUGCAGAAGGGGAACGCUGGCCAGCAGCAGAUGAGGCAGGGUUCUCCGAACCAGAACCUGAGUCAGAUGCCGUAUAUGCCUUCGGCGUGGGAGGUUGCGCAGUUCAUGGGCCCGAGCGAUGUGCGGCUUGGAGCGUUGCCAAAGUAUUCCCCGCCCUGGUGAUGAGAAGAGAAGAAAUGUCGCUUGGAGGUCGUUUCGUUUAAGAAAUGGGAGUAUUCGAUUUCGCAGCUCAUACUAAGGCUUAAGAAAGGAGGUCGCUUAGGAGGCAUCCUGAAGUUUUUGUAUCU